AUGGUGGCCUCAUUCAACUUGAGCAGCUUCAAUCUGGGCCCCUUCAUCCUGCUGGGAAUCCCAGGGCUGGAGGAGUUCCAUGUCUGGAUUGGGAUUCUCUUCUUUAUUAUUUACCUUGGGGGUCUUGCAGGCAACAGUGUCCUUCUCUACCUUAUUUCCAUGGAGCGUAGCCUUCAUGAGCCCAUGUUCUUUUUCCUCUCCAUGCUGGCUGCUACAGAUAUCAUCCUGUCUAAUACAUGUGUACCCAAAACACUCAGCAUCUUCUGGAUAGGUCCUCAGAAAAUCACCUUUCCUGCCUGUCUUACUCAGAUGUUCUUUCUCCACUACAGCUUUGCCAUGGAUUCUGCCAUUCUGCUGGCUAUGGCAUUUGAUCGCUAUGUUGCUAUUUGCUUCCCCCUAAGAUACACCACUAUUCUCACCCGUCAGAGUAUUACUAAGAUUGUAAUGGCUAUUGUUGGCAGAAGCUUUUUGAUCAUCUUCCCAUGUGUGUUCCUAUUAAAGCGACUCCCUUUUUGCCGAACUUCCAUCAUACCACACACAUACUGUGAGCACAUAGGUGUUGCCCAACUCGCCUGUGCGGACAUCUCCAUCAACAUCUGGUAUGGCUUUGCUGUACCUAUACUGACUGUUACAUCAGACCUGAUCUUUAUUGGCAUCUCCUACAGUCUCAUCCUUCGUGCCAUCUUUAACCUUCCAUCCCAAGAUGCCCGUCAGAAAGCUCUCAACACGUGUGGUUCUCAUGUUUGUGUCAUUCUUAUGUUCUACACACCAGCCCUGUUCUCUGUUCUCACCCAUCGUUUUGGUCACAAAAUUCCGCACUCCUUCCAUAUACUGGCUGCCAACCUCUAUGUAGCCAUCCCUCCUGCACUCAAUCCAAUCAUCUAUGGGGUGAAGACCAAGCAGAUUCGGGAAAAAAUCAUCCUACUCCUCUUCCCUAAAGGGAACCAGUGA